UCUGUGCUGCGUCUUCAAUCUUCAUCCAUUUCCAAUACCCUUUGGCCAAUUUUCUUAUUUUAAAGCUUAAAGCUUCGUUCAUUUUUUCCCGUAUUUCGGGAAUCGUUUUCUGUAGCUCUUUUUUUUUUCUAUUCCCAACGGUUUCACCUACUGUGGCACGUGUCAUACAUAGGAUUGCCUCGGCAGAAAAAGCAAAAAACUUGGCUGGUUUAUAUUCUGAUUUCUUGGGUUUAGAAUCGGUUUUUGGUGUCAGGAAGAGAAGGAGGACCUGUUUGGGCAAAAGGGUGUUGACCCAUUUUGCCAAAGCAGAAAAAAGAAGGGAAGAAAAAAAAAAUGGUGAUUGUGAACAUUGGGAAGAAGAACGAGAAGGAGGUAACUCGACUUGGGAAAUAUGAGUUGGGUAGGACUCUUGGUGAAGGCAAUUUUGGUAAAGUCAAGUUUGCUAGGAACACAGAAUCUGGCCAACCUUUUGCCAUUAAGAUCAUUGAGAAGAACAAGAUCAUCGAUCUCAAUAUCACUGAUCAGAUAAAGAGGGAAAUAGCCACCUUAAAGCUCCUCAAGCAUCCCAAUGUUGUUAGAUUGUGCGAGGUCUCGGCUAGCAAAACAAAAAUUUAUAUGGUACUUGAGUACGUGACUGGAGGGGAGUUAUUUGACAAAAUUGCAUACAAGGGUAAACUUAACGAAGGUGAAGGUAGAAAGAUGUUCCAACAGUUGAUUGAUGGUGUUAGCUACUGCCACAACAAAGGUGUCUUCCACAGGGAUCUCAAGCUUGAGAAUGUGCUUGUGGAUGCCAAAGGGAACAUAAAGAUAACUGAUUUUGGCCUUAGUGCUUUACCCCAGCAUUUUAGGGCAGAUGGAUUGCUACAUACAACUUGUGGAAGUCCAAACUAUGUUGCACCGGAGAUUCUUGCUAAUAGGGGCUAUGACGGUGCAACAUCAGAUGCAUGGUCAUGUGGUGUUAUCUUGUAUGUAAUCCUAACAGGAUACCUACCUUUUGAUGAUAGAAAUCUUGCAGUUCUCUAUCAAAAGAUUUUUAAAGGAGAUGUUCAGAUACCAAAAUGGCUAUCGCCUGGUGCACAAAACAUGAUAAAGAGGAUUCUUGAUCCCAACCCUGUGACCCGGAUAACAAUGGCUGGGAUCAAAGAAGAUCCAUGGUUCAAGCAGGGCUACACUCCAGCAAAUCCUGAGGAUGAGGAAGAGGAUGUAUGUAUUGACAAUGAAGCCUUGUCCAUCCAUGAAUUGCCACAUCAAGAAGAACAGAGGAGUUCAGGAUCACCUACCCUUAUCAAUGCAUUUCAGUUGAUAGGGAUGUCUUCAUGCUUAGACCUCUCCGGCUUUUUUGAGACAGAGGAUGUCUCUGAGAGGAAGAUAAGAUUUACAUCCAACCUUACAGCUAAAGACCUGAUCGAGAGGAUUGAGGACAGUGUGACAGAAAUGGGGUUUAGAGUCCAGAAGAAAAAUGGCAAAUUGAAAAUGAUACAAGAGAACAAGGCGAAUAAAACUCUUGGCAGCCUCUCAGUGGCAGUAGAGGUGCUUGAAAUAAGACCAUCAUUAUAUGUAGUAGAAUUAGGGAAGUCUAAUGGAGAUGCUUCUGUAUAUAGACAGCUAUGCAAUAAGUUAUUGAAUGAUUUGGGUGUGCCCCCAAGGCAAGCGGUAGUGAGCUCAGAAGAAGAAGCCAGAUAACGUAUAGUUUAUUUUAUGCUCAGGUCGGAUAGCUACAUAGAUGGUUAAAAGUCAAUUGUAAAGUUAUAAUUAAAGUGUAAGUGAAAUGCAUAUAUGUUAGAUUUGUAAUGGCAUAGAUUUUGAAUUUAGCUAUCCAUUAAAUAGUUGAGCCCCGAAUGACGGCAUAUCUAUGCAAAAGUAAGUUCUAGUGAACCUGAAAUCGA